CGUACCUUAGAGGACGCCGAGCAAGGCAUGGAACACCUUGGUGCAUUUCUACUGCUGUGGACGGGAGUGUCGUGUUUACCUUUAACGAAAGGUUUCCCGAAGUGCAGCGUGGGUCAGUUUAUGUGUGCCAACAGCAGAUAUGUGUCUCUGUCUGUGCGCUGUGAUGCUGUGAAUGACUGUGGAGAUGGCAGCGAUGAAAGCUCCUGCUGGAACUGCACUAAUGGCUCUUUCCACUGUGUGGCGUCAGAGAGCUGUGUUUCCUCCAGCAGUGUGUGUGAUGGCAGGCUGGACUGCGCUGAUGGAGCAGACGAACAGUUAGACAUAUGCACAUCCGUUUCUAAAGCACAGGCAUGCGCGCGCUCAGAGUUCACAUGCACUAAUGGACAAUGUGUGCCUAAUUCAUGGAGGUGUGACCACUCCAGUGAUUGUAAAGAUGGCAGCGAUGAAGAAGACUGUGAUCACAAUGAAUGUGCGGUCAAUAACGGUGGCUGUUCACACAUAUGUCUGGAUCUGCCAUUCGGCUUCAGAUGUGACUGUCCUAAAGGAAUGAGGCUGGUGCAGGACACACACUGUGAGGUUGUGGACCAGUGUCUUGAUGCAGACGUGUGUGAUCAGAUCUGUGUCCAUUCCAAUGGCUCUGUUGUGUGUGACUGUCAGGAUGGAUAUCUGCUGACCGCCGGGACGGGACAGUGCAAGGCCACAGGUGGACUUGCUCAUGUGGCUGUCAGCACUCAAGAAGGCAUUAAAAUGAUGGAUCUCAGCGGCUCUGAGGAAAGAAACAUUACGGAUAAAAGAGUCUCACCAGGACCUGUUUCAGCACUUAAUGCACACAACACACUUUACUGGAGCAGUCCAGAGAAUGACGUCAUCUACAGGAUGUCCUUAGACUCCAGUGACCACACACCAGCUGUUUUGUUGAAGGCUUCAAAAGGCAUUGUGGGAUUGGCAGUGGACUGGAUCCAUGAGCGUCUGUAUUGGAUCAGCACCAGUACUCAUGCUUUACACAUGGCCUCUUUGAAUAACACCAAGCAAAGGCUGCUUAUCUCUGAGCUCUACAGACCUACUGCUGUUGCUGUGCAGCCACUGUUAGGGUAUGUGUUCUGGGCAGAAAGUGGGGAGUCUGCCAGAAUUGAGCGUGUCGGUUUGGACGGGGAAAGCAGAUUAGCAUUGAUAGUUUCAUUUAUACGUAACCCUGUCGCAAUCUCGCUAGAUGUUCCUCGUAGGCUGCUGUACUGGGCUGACUCAGGUCUGCGCUCGAUAUCAAGGAUUUCAUUUGAUGGACAAUAUAGAAAGACGGUUGUAGAGUCCAAUGGAUAUCUGGAUCAGCCGUUUGGACUGGCCAUAUUUGAGAGUCGAGUGUACUGGAGUGACCAGUUGACCAACUCUAUUUGUAGUGCAGACAAGCACAAUGGCACCAUGCUUAGGGUGUCUCAAAGACUGGGUUUUGCUUCACCAGCUGGACUGGUCAUCCUUCACCCACUGUUACAGCCUGCAGACAAAGUUCUAUUGCCAUCGGAAACAAAGACUUCUUCAAACAAAGAUCUGCUGCCAUCGGAAACAAAAACGGCACUUCCUGAUUCACAGUUCACACUGAUGCUCACUAUGAUUGCAGUCGUCCUCAGUGUGCUGCUGUUUGGUUUGGUUCUGUGGUGGCAAAGAUCUGAAUUCUGUGCCCAUCGUUCAGUCUCUCUGCUUGGAGACGUGACACUUAAAGAAUCUCAGGAUCCUCUUCUGUUAUCCAGUCUACCUGGAGUACAUGAACAUCAAACCCUCUCUUCAAAUUCGACACAAUAAGAAAGACACCAUUUUCCUGUGAGGAAACUGCACCCAUCCUGUGGUGGAUUUCACAGCCCACAUUUCCUGUCACGUGUGGACCAGAACACAAAAAGCAGGGGCAGAAACUGGAUUCUACACAAAUAUCCUGCUUGGAGGCCCCAAACAUGCUCUUAAAUAUCUACCAAAUGCCUAUUAAUGAUUAAUUAUUGCACAGAACAACAGUCAAACUGAAUUUGCACUCAGUGAAUCCUGUUUGUCUGAUAAAAAAAAAAUGCUAUUGUUAGACUAUUAUUGAUAUUAUUUACUUUCUGAAUUAUUGGCGUAUGACUGUGUCAUGUCUUUUCAUCUUAUAUACACAUGUACAUAAUAUCUUGAGUUUUCUGUUUAUUUACGUUUGUGAAUUGCAUCAUGGGACCUUGAUCUCUGCUCUGUCCACUUUUGAUGUUGAAAAUUCAACUCCACAGUUUAACAAAGUGACUUUUAUUGACAUUUUAGAAGUUUGAAAUAGUUUAAUGUGUAAGAAAAAGUAUAUAUGUAUAUAUAUCACUUUAAGCUAUUAAAAAUGUUAAUAAAGGUCACUUUUGGGGGUUAAAAGUUGUUUACAGAUAGAUCAAGUUAACAUAAUGCAAUUCAAAAGCAUAAAUAAAUAGGGAAAAGCACAAAUAUGAAUGACAAAAUAUGGAAAACUGCUCAUUUACGAACAUUUUUAGUGUAGAUUUUCUGCCGUUAUGCAUUACACUGGACAUACAGCAGUAAAAAAAAAUCAUAUAGUCAGUAUUCUGUCAAUAAUUAACAGACCACAUCGUGACUCAAUAAGUUUAUGAGUUCUGAACUUGUUUUAAGGUGUUGUCCUGUUUAGUUUAUGCUGCUGUAAUUAGUGACAAAGUGACUACUGUCCAUCACUGUUGAAUUCAUAGACGCACAAGUUGACCAAUCUGUCUUUGAAGGUGUGAAAUGUGUGCAUGGAGACCAUGUAUGUUAUUUAGAAAUUCACUGAUGCUGGAAAUGACCACAGAGAUGGUUGUGUUGUAUUUAUUACGUGAGGACAAAAGGAAUGGCUAUUUAUUUUCCUGUAAAUCAUUUAGCUUUAAAGAAGGGUUUGGAUCUUCUUUGGUACAGUUUUGGUUUAAAAGAUUGUUUGUUGAAUCAUUUUAAUGACCCAUGGCUAGGGCCAGACAGAAUCUGCAGACAUUUUUUGCCAUUUCUGCGCAGACUUUUGUUAAAUUUAUGCAGAUUUAUGCAGAAUGAUUUUCGGAGUAUCAUAACUAAAACCUAGUAUAUAAAAUAAAAAUAAUAGCUUUUUAACUUGUAUUUUAUGUUUACAAUUUAAAUCCAAUUAGAUCCACUUUAUUUGUUUUUUUUAACAAAGCAAGUGUCAUAUAAUAUCUCCACUAAAAGACAGAAAAUUAUUACUUUAAAAACUGUAUUGUAAAUAAAUCAUAUGAAUAUUUUCAUAUUAGUCAAUGAUAUUACUGAAAUAAAUUUAAAAACUGAAUAAAUAGAAAUUUACACAUCUACACAAGUAAAAAAAACAAUCAAUGAUGCGCUAAAAAUCCGCGAAAUUCUGCGCGCGCAUGCAGAUUCCGUGUGGGCCUACCCAUGGUGAUAUGUUGGACUAAUACUGGAAGAAAUAAAAUCUGAGUUUUAUUAGAAUUCUUUUUAAAAUUAGUUAAUCUGUUGUUUUUCUUGAGUACAUUAUCAGCUUUUUUACCCUAUUGAAGAAAACUGUCAAC